CAAAUAUUCCCCUUUAGAUUGUCCAGAGGCUUUUAAAAAACACCACGUAUAGUGGUAAUUAUUGCUUUAUAUCUAUAUAAAACAUGCUUCCUUAAAAUUUGCAAAUAAAUCUUUUAACGAUUGAUCAAACCCUCUUAAUUAUUGAUCAGCUGAGCUAUAGGUCUGAAUGGACUAUAUAACUUUGAAAAAUGCCAGAGGCAGAAAGGAGGGUGCAACGAACGUUAGGCAAAAUAAAACUGACAAAUACGAGAGAAAAGAUGCUUGAGUAGUGCUAGUAAAAAAGAAACCAGCAGAAACAGGGUUAAUUCCAGCCUUAUAAGGCUGUUCAGCAGCACUUCAACUGCACACAAAUUAGAACAACCCUGGGAAUCUAUAAAGCUUGUUUUAUUGGCAAGGACAUGCGGCAAGAUCUGCAUUUUGCUGUUGUAAACUAUCCUUUAUUUCAGAUGUUCUGAAGCAGGAUAGACUUUUAUAUGAUUUUCUUUUUAAUGCUGAAUCAUCAACAGGUGGCAUCCACUGCAGCUCUGCACACCUAAAGGCAAGUUUUUUACCGAGAGAACAGUGGAAGUUGGCACCUCCUUUACGUGUGUUCCCAGCAAGGACCAGCCUGCUGCUCUGUCUGGAGGAAAAUCAGCUCUGGAGAAAUGGAAUUAAGGUCCAAGGAUGUUCAUUGAUUAUUAAAAGAAAACAAAUGGAGCUAAAAUUCUACUGCAUUCCAACUUGCAUGAAGAAACACUGCUGAUGAAAAGCUUUUAUUAAAGAGACACAAGUACCAUCAUGGUAAAAAGAUUCCUACAUGAUCUUAAGGCACACAAGAACUGUAAAUUCUAUCAUUUACAAUGUAUAUAGUGUCCUGUAAAACAAAUUAAGACAUUUACUAUUUGUAGUGUUAUAUUUGGGUCAGUUUUAAGUCUAAUUAAUCUGACUUCUAAAGAAUUUUAAUUUUCUAUACAAAAUUCUCCAUCUUUUCCAACUCCAAUCAAAAAUGCUUACUAGAAGUUUAGUUGAAGACAACCAAAAAUCUGAUUUUUUGGUACUGACACCAAACUGUGAUUGCUAAUAUCUUUUCUACAGAUAUUUUAACCAUGGAAACUUAUUCUGCCUCAAUAUCCCCUGUUAUAUGUAACAGCACAACUUUUAACCUGAAUGGAUCCCAUUUGUGUAACGAAAGCAUAUCCUCUAGACUAGCAGAUAAAUCGGAACACCAACAAUAUGUUAUUGGCCUUUUCUUAUCAUGUCUUUACACAAUAUUUCUCUUUCCUAUCGGUUUCGUAGGAAACAUUCUGAUACUGGUUGUCAACAUAAGCUUUCGGGAAAAAAUGACUAUCCCAGACCUUUACUUCAUAAACCUGGCAGUGGCCGAUCUCAUUCUAGUCGCCGAUUCUCUCAUUGAGGUGUUUAAUCUUGACGAAAAGUAUUAUGAUAUCACUAUCAUUUGCACCUUUAUGUCUUUGUUCCUUCAGAUCAACAUGUAUAGCAGCAUUUUCUUUCUGACAUGGAUGAGUUUUGACAGAUACCUAGCCCUGGCAAAAGUAAUGAGGUCCAACAUAUUCCGCACUAUGCAGCACGCUAGACUGAGCUGCGGGCUCAUAUGGAUGGCAUCCAUUUCUGCAGCUCUGGUCCCAUUCACGGCCGUGCAUUUACAACACACCGGAGAGGUCUAUUUUUGUUUUGCAGAUGUAAAAGAAAUCCAGUGGUUAGAAAUAACCUUGGGGUUUAUUAUCCCCUUCGUGAUCAUCGGUCUCUGUUACUCGUUAAUUGUCCGAGUCCUUAUAAAAGCCCACAAGCACAGGAGUCUUCGUCUGCGGCGGCAAAAGGCUCUUCGCAUGAUUUUUGUGGUGGUCUUGGUUUUCUUUAUCUGCUGGUUACCCGAAAACGUCUUCAUUAGCGUCCAGCUUCUUCAGAAGAAAAACGAGCCCGUCUCUUCAAACAGCCCAUCCUUCAGGCACGAUUAUCCUCUAACAGGACACAUUGUGAAUCUGGCAGCUUUUUCUAACAGCUGUUUGAACCCCUUAAUUUACAGUUUUCUAGGGGAAACCUUCAGAGACAAACUGCGACUGUACAUUGAACAGAAAACAAAAAUGUCAACGUUACAUCGCUUCUGUCAGGCUGCCCUAACGUCUGUCAUCCCUGACAGUAACGAGCAAUCAGAAGUCUGAUUGAGUAGUCCUUGUAUAAAACAUAUGACUGUGAAGUUGUGCAAAUAGUGAACAAAAUGCUUGCUAGUAACAGAAAAAAGUGCAUUUGUGAAUACAUAUAUAUAGUGUAUCGCUCUACUGAGUAUUGAAAGUUUAUAUUCAAAAUGUUUUUAUGACAAGACUUUGAUGUAGAAGAAUAUGUUUUAGCCAGAUUUAUAUUUAAUUAAGAACAGGAUUAUUAAAAGCUGAGCACUGAAGAAGCUUUAUUUUGUAUUAUACAUGUAUGAAUGACAAUAGAGGAGAAAAUUUUAUCAAGUUAGGAAGACUCUAGAUGUAAUCUGAUUAUCAGAGAUUCUAUUUUGCUGGUGUAUAUAACUUCCACUGAAAUAAUGAAGCUGCCCUAACAAUGGGGAAAAAUCAUUACAACAUAUUGACGUGGAGAUGCAGAAAACAUUGAUUUUUUUCCCAUCCAAACAUGUUAAGAUAAAUGACUUUGCUUAGAAGAACUACAUACUACUAUUGUCACUGUAUCCUAGCAUGUCUUCCAUGAUUAAGUUUUUUUUUAAUCAUAAUAUAAUCAAGCACAGUGGUGAGUUUUCGUCUCCUAAAUGUAAACUGCUGUUUACAUGUUUACUUGAUCAAAACCAAAAUCAUCUGUAACUAUAUUACUCAUCUCAAAGAACCUCACAAAAGCAAAAUGUAGUGCUUCAUUCUGUCUUUCAAGGGCUGACCACAACCAUCUCUCCCAGGACAGACAUAAUUGGGCCUUGUGUUAAAAAUGCCAGUGCACAUACACAUACACUCACAUUCACAUCUGCCUUCAGAACUGAAUGCAUGUUUCACAAGAUCUCUUUCCAUUCAAAAGGUCUAUUUUGAUUGCCAGAACAAAAUGCUGUGAUUUUUACAGAGGUGCCACUUGCUGCAAAAGGGUGUAAAUAGUGCUUAUGAAAACAACAGAAGCCUCUAUUUUUAGAAAGGAAGAACUUACGUAAUGGGGAGUGUGAUUGGCAAUUAUCAGAUUUGCACCUUGUGCACUGUCCAUCCCACCUCCAGAGAGCACUGGCCUUUCAAGGUUUUAAGAUGUAUGUAGGCUGCUUUGCUCAUUUGAAGAUUAAUUAUACUAAGCAAACAAAUUGUAGCACCAGUUACUGGAAAACAAUAGUGUCUCUUUUCUUCUAGAAAAUAAUUGGGUUUUAAAUCUGAUUGAUGUUUAGCACAGGUUACUGCUGAACUUGUUCAGAGGAAGCUAUAAAGUUCCUAGAGAUUAGUGUGCAAGAUCAUUAAAACAUCACUUGCUGCACCUCUGAGGUGAACAAA